AUGGCCAACAAGCUAUCCCCCACCAGCUUCACGAGAGCCGUGAUGCGAUCGUUCAUGGCCGAAUCCGGCCUAGAACCGAGACUGCUGGGCCCCAGGCUGCGGAUCCUGAGCGCCCAGCCGGGUCGCGUAGACUUUGAGCUCGACAUUCACAAAGACCACACGAACCGACUGGGCACGAUCCACGGCGGCACGCUGGCCAGCCUGGUCGACCUGGGAGGCUCGCUGGCAGUUGCGUCGACGGGGCGCUUCAAGACGGGCGUGUCGACGGACCUGAACGUGACCUAUCUCGCCCCCGGAGGAGCACCAGGCGACACGCUCAAAGCAACGGCCGUCUGCGAAAAGAUCGGGAAAACGCUCGCCUUCACAACCGUCACCUUUACCAACAGCAAAGGCCAAGUAGCUGCGCGAGGGAGCCACACAAAAUACGUCACGGGGACGAUGGGCGCGGAUGGUCCGUUUGUCGCGCCGGCAGAGUAUGCCGAGGAUGUAGAGUAG